AUGGCGCGAAAGAACAGCUGGAAGUUUAAAAGCGGCCUGCUCAUGUUUCUGUUUGGUAUAUUUGUGAAUCGCUGCGAUGCACAGGUGAGCAGAGAGGACGCCACCACGCCUCCAGAUGAACAGGGAGGCGACGGCAGCGCCUUCUUCGCUCUGCGGAGUUGCCACCAGUUGCUGCACGGCGACAGCGGCGAGUUCUUCUCCCCGGACUACCUGUGCUCCAACCCGUCUCUGUGGUGCAACUGGACCAUCCAGGUGGAUCCUGGGAAGAGGAUUAACCUCCACCUGGAGGACUUGACCUCCGAUGACGCCUGUCACCUUAAGAAGGACCAGGUCCACGUGGACGAGCCCGCCGGUCAUUUAGUGGGCCACAAGGUCCUGCAGAAGUGCUGGCGAGAGGCCAAGUACACGUCGUCCUCCAACACUCUGCAUGUGGUGCUGCUGAUCGGUGGCUGGCCCAGCCCGCCAUACAGGGGCUUCCACGGCCACUACCAGGCGUUUGGACCACCGGUGGUUUACAACCCACAGGAAGGCUUCACAGUGAGAAGCAGGGAGUCAGAAUCACCUCCUGCACAGAUGGAUACCAGCAGAUUUGAAAUGGUUACGAACAGUGAACUGACAGAGUCGGCAAAUUCUGAUCCACCAUAUGAUUAUUAUGAUCGACGUGAUAAGGAGUCUGGACGGGCUGGAAGCACAGACAACGAGCGUGAACAUCAGGAGCUGAAACCCAGCAGCUUCACCCCAACAGCGAUACGAAGGAACGCUGCUGCCGAGGACGAGAGCAGAACACAGAGACAGUCAGAGGAGGAAGAACCCGUCAGUGGGUUAGAACAAGCUGAAGACGGUGAGACCAGGACGGAUGUCGGCCCAGCAUCCAACCAGAUUCCUUCCUCCUCAGAGGGUACCGAGCCACCACACACUGAACAGAACCAUCCUCAGCCCAACGUGGUGGAGCCGCUGUCGGACCACAGAGGGAACCAUCACCUGUUUGAAGUCGCUGUUGAAGUGACUUUCAGUCAGGAUUUGGACGAGUCCUGGGACAACCUGGCGAGGUCGCUGCUGCUGUCGGUAAAGAAUAUGAUCAGCAAGCAGCUGGAGGUUCUGCAAACACCGCUGUCCAUGUCUUCUAAAAGAAUAAAACGGUUAAAUGCAGGACUGCUGUACAUCCUCUGGCUGCAGAUUGGACAGGAGCCUGGAGGUCUGCAGGUCCACAGGGUCAUCCACUCCGCCCUGCAGGGCCUCAUCGCUGCAGGCGUCGGCCUCAGAGGGAACCACAGGAGGGCCGUUGUCCUGUCCGUGUCCACAGCAGAUGUCAACGAGUGUGGGACCCAGCUGGUUCUCUGUGACAUUAAUGCGGACUGUGUGAACCGGUUCGGCUCGUACUCCUGCCACUGCAGACCGGGCUUCCAGGACGAGUCCCGUCUGGGGUCAGGAGGAACCAACUGUGUGGAUGAGAAGGCAGCAGGCUGCAGCUCAGGACUGUCCUCUGAGGCCAAAGGCGUCUACGUGCUGUUCUUCCUGCUCAGCUCCCUCAUCCUGAUGCUGCUGGUGGCGGCCGGCAUGCUGUACCGCCGGCACCACCGGGGAACGUUCCUGGUGCGCUGCCACAGCAGCAGCAGCAUCUCCCCCCCUGACCACAACAACAACAGCAACCACCACCACCAUCCAGACGACAGCUACUCCAGCCCCACCGACUGUGACCUGCCCCCGCCGCCUCCGCCCGUCCGCGGCCCCAGAGAGGGCUGGGCCCAGGUGAAGGGCCACGGUCCGGCUGUGGACCUGCCGCUGCUGCGCUUCAGUCCGCUGCUGCCUCCAGACAGCUACAUGGAUCCACAGGAGGGCGGAAAGAUGUGAGCCGACCAUAACAACGGGUCUACAGUCAAAACAAUCUCUUAUAAUUUAGUUUUUCCUCUUUGUGUCUGAACUGUUGUCCACUGUUUGUGACCUGCUCAAUUAAAGUCACAGUUAAAAUGCA